UUACGGAAAAAAAUCAUUUUGUUGGAACAGUUGGAUAUUGCAGGCCUUUUUUCCAGUUGCUUCCUCGUUCUUAUUGAAGUGUUUGCGCAUGCACUUGCAGUACUCGCCAAAUCGCACAUAACUGGCUGUUUUAUGAUUGUUUUGACUAAAUAACUGGGAUUAAUAAAAACAGGACGAAGGUAGCCGAAGGAAGGUUGGUUUUGAUUUUGAGAAUGCAGCUUUGAUGUUUACUUCAGCUCCACAGUCCUGCUUUGGCAUAGAACACUGAGGCUGUAAAUAAUGACGGGCCAGUAAAAGUGAAGGCUGAAGGAUUUCAUGAUAUCCUGUAUUCCUGGAUCGUAGUUUCUCUAAAGGCUAUGGUUCGCCAAACGUUUCUGGAUUACUGAUUUCACUGCAAAAUCGAUCCAUCCACGAGGAUAAUGGUCAGCUUAGGAAGGGACACGACUUAUAUCAGUAAUCUAACUGAACGAACCGCUGACAGAAUGGCGGAUGUCGAUACUGCUCAGUUAAUCACGGAAGCGGACGAAGUGGCGUUCUGGGAUAUGGCUGGUAGCUCCAAUGGAUUUUCAUCGGGUCUUAUUCAGGGAGAUGAUGGCGAGACCCGAUUUCACCCCAUACGAAAUAUACCUCUGAUUAUUGCGGCAAUAAUCUGCGUGAUCGCAAAUGCCAUGUUUUCGUUUAUAUUCCCGGAAAUCUGCUCCGACAGGUGCAGGGGAAUCACGGCCUUCGAUAUGAUCGCUUAUUUGCAAAUUUCUGUAUUUGCUGUGAUGUUGGGAAUCGAUAUUUGGCUGCGAAAAGUACAUCUGACAUCAAGAAAUUGGGGAUAUUUGGAGUUCUACCGAAGAACGCGAAUGAUUCGUCGAUUACCGUUUAUCUCGACAACUUUGGGUCUGGCUAGCUUUUUGCUGGUUACCAUCUUGACGGAUGAGCUUUGCCAGGAUAAAAUUCACUGCGUCAAGAAUUUUACACGUGCGAACGCUGCACAGCUGGUUUGUUGUCUGGAAGUGGCGGCAAUAAUUCCUAUUUGUGCUUUCUAUUUACUUAUCAGUUACCGGUUCAACAAAGCGCGAGACACACCGGAUGUGCUCCAGGAAGACUUGAGCACCGAGAGAAUCUUGCAGACAUCUAUAAACCAUGGAUCACAAGUUGGCUUUAAAGAUCACACUUUCAAGGAGGAUUUGCUUGAAAAGCAGUCAGAUGAAAUCUUGUAUCUCAAGAAACGCAAUGCGUAUCUUUCGUCUCGCCUCUUGCUCCUGACUCGCCAACUAAAUUCCGCUGGCGAAUUAUCUGCGGUCUGAUUUUGCUCAAGAGUUCAGACUCUCAGCUCCGUUCCUUUUCUAUUGUUCAUUUGUUGGCAAGUUUUUUUGUGAUCACAUUUGUUACCCGUAUCGUAAAGUACUAAUAUAAAAACUUUGCUAUUUAAUUUAAUUAGGAGAAUCUUGCAGUGAAAUUGAUCGACUAGAUGUGCGCUUGAAAGAAUACGAGUGAACCUUGUGCGUUAUCUUCUUGAAAUGUUUUGAUAUUUAACUGCCAUUGAAUACGUAUACGGUAUAUCUACCGGAAUAUGAUAAAUCUAAUGAAAUUCAUAAUCAACAGAACAGUGUCUUAUGUCACCGAGAAGUCAAAACAGAAUAAGAAAUCUAAAUGUAGCAUAAAAGUCUGUACACCGGAAUGAGCUAAGAGUCUGACAAUGCGGACGUCUACUUUUUCUUCCCGAGAAUUUUGUCGAUACUCUUCUGCUGGUCGCCCAUCUUACUGCUAACACGGUCGGUUUUCGUUGACAUAUCAUCCAGCAGUUUGUUCUGCUGUUCAAUCUCCGUCCCCAGCCCUUCCGCCAAACCCUUCAAACGCGAAAGCCCUAACGACAUUUGAUCGAGAUUGGAGUCCAGCGCCUUGUCAAACUGCUUACUCGCAGAAUAAGCAGACUGAGGAGUAUUCCUGCUUGGCUGAGGAGGGAUAUCAGCUGAGCUGCUCCGAGGUUUACCAGGCUCGGAGGCGGCUUGUGCAGAAGAGGAUUCGACAACACUGCGAAGACUGCUCGAGCUGCUGGAAACUGUUGUUUUCGCUGGUUCCGCGGGUUUGGAUGUCCACCAGUUUUUGAUUCCACCGAAAACACUGCGGAUGUUAUUGAGAUGCUUCUGCGACUGAUCCAGUGUGGUGUUCAUUUCGUCUAAAUUCCGAUUUGUACGUUCUAGCUGCUCUCGCUGGGCGAGAAGUUCCUGCAGAAGUCAGCGUUACAUAUUAAUAGAUCUGUUACUUAUCUGUAACUUGAAAAUUUAGUUAAUCUUGUCACUCGUCAGACUGAUUAAAACAGGCGAUGCAUG